AUGGGUCUAUCUUUUUGUGAUCUUUUCUUGAGCAUGUUAAACUCUCUCUCUGGUUAUAGACAUGGUUGGUCCGAUCUAAAUAUUGUUGCCCAAUUGGAUUUUGUAUUCAGAACACUCACUUGGUUCAUGAUCUCUGCUUACUUGCAUAUCCAAUUUUCUCAUGCAAGUGACCGCAAGUUCCCUAUUAUAUUACGGAUUUGGUGGACCUUCUACAUCCUAAUGUCUUGUUUCUAUCUUGUCAUACAUCUUAGUUUCUAUUGGAAACAUGUGCCCUUGCCAAUUCUGCUAUGGGUUUCCGAUGUUGUAUCCAUUAUUGCUGGCAUAUCUAUUAGUUAUGCUGGAAUGUUUGGCAAGAGGCGAGAAGAUGAAGAUUUCCAUUUUAUGGACCCUCUUUUGAAUAAUAGUUCCAAUCGAAAUAAUGGUGACGACAGACAAGGAUCAAAUGUCGGUGGAGAGGGUAUAACUUCUUACGAAAAUGCCAAUCUUUUUAGUAUUUUUACUUUUUCUUGGAUAAGUCCUUUGGUUGCACUUGGGUUUGAAAAAACAUUGGAUCUUGAAGAUGUCCCUCAGCUUGCCAGUUGUGAUAGUGCCAGCGUGGUCUUCGCUUGUUUUAGAGAUAAACUUGAAUAUGAUGAUAAUAGCAAUGAUAAUGGUUGUCAGGUAAGCACAUUCAGGCUAGUGAAAGCAUUGAUUCUCCUAACGUGGAAAGAAAUUCUAUGGACGGGUCUAUUGUCCAUUGUAUGCACAUUGGCAUCUUAUGUUGGACCAUACCUUAUUAAUACAUUUUUUCAUUAUCUCAACAGCUCUCAUCAACAUAAGUAUAAAGGCUAUAUGUUAGUGUUUAUUUUCUUUCUUUCAAAGUUCAUAAGGUGUAUCUCAGAGAGGCAUUUGUUCUUUCAAUUACGAAUAAUUGCGAAUAGGGUUAGUGCUGCCUUAUUCGCAAUAAUCUAUAAGAAGAAUCUUAGGCUUUCAAGCCAAUCAAAGCAAGGCCACACUAGCGGGGAGAACAUCAAUUUGAUGACUGUUGAUAUCGACAGGAUUGGCUUUUUCAGUUGGUAUUUACACGAUAUAUGGAGAGUGCCUGUUCAAUUUGUUCUAGCAUUGUUGAUCUUGUACAAAAGACUUGGCCUUGCUUCACUUGUAGCUUUUGUUGCCACAAUGAUUUUAAUGUUAGCAAAUACUCCGUUGGUGAAACUACAGGAGAAAAUCCAGGGAGAACUGAUGGAUUCAAAGGAUCGAAGGAUGAAGGUGACAUCUGAAGCCCUGAGGAAUAUGAGGAUUCUCAAGCUCCAGGGAUGGGAGAUGAAAUUCUUGGAUAAGAUAAUUGGACUUAGGAAAUUUGAAACAAAAUGUAUAAAGAAGUUACUUUAUACUUCAGCUAUAGCUUCCUUCGUCUACUCAUCUACUCCCUUGUUUGUAUCUAUGAUUACUUUUGGGUCCUGUUUGCUUAUGGGAAUUCGAUUAGACUCAGGGAAGAUUUUAUCUGCACUUGCAACAUUUGAAGUGUUGCAAGGGCCCAUUUAUAAUCUCCCGGAUACAUUCUCCAUGGUACUUCAGAUUAAAGUCUCCCUUGAUAGGAUAACCUCAUUUCUCUGUCUUGAUGACCUUGAUCAAAAUAUAGUACAAAAGCUUCCAAGAGAUAGUGCCGAAGUUGCAGUUGAGAUAGUCAAGGGGAAUUUCUCUUGGGAUCUUCAUUCCCCUAAUCUUACAUUAAAAGAUCUUAAUUUUCAAGUGAAACAUGGUAUGAAAGUGGUUGUUUGCGGUGUUGUUGGGUCAGGUAAGUCAAGCCUACUUUCAUGUAUAUUGGGGGAAGUGCCUAAGAUAUCUGGAGCUAUUAAGUUGAAGGGGACAAUGGCCUAUGUUGCGCAAUCAUCUUGGAUACAAAGUGGCAAGAUAGUAGACAAUAUAUUGUUCGGUAAGGAGAUGGACAAGAAAAGGUACGAAAUGAUCCUUGAAGCAUGUUCAUUGAAGAAGGACCUAGAAUUGUGUCCCUUUGGGGACCAGACUAUCAUAGGGGAGAGGGGGAUCAACCUGAGUGGUGGACAAAAGCAAAGAAUCCAAAUUGCACGUGCUUUGUACAAUGAUGCUGACAUAUAUCUACUUGAUGAUCCUUUUAGUUCUGUUGAUGCUCAUACAGGAACUCAUCUAUUUAAGGAGUGUUUGUUGGGAAUUUUGGGUUCAAAAACAGUCAUUUAUAUUACCCACCAAGUAGAGUUUUUUCCCAUUGCUGAUCUUAUCUUGGUGAUGAAAGAUGGAAAGAUUACUCAAACAGGAAAAUAUGAAGAAAUUCUUAGGUCAGGAACUGAUUUUAUGGAUUUAGUAGGUGCACAUAAGAAAGCUAUGAAAGAACUUAAUUCCCUCGAACAUGGAGCCACUUUGGAUAAUUUAAUUAAUGAUAAGGAAGAUGGCAAUAUACUAUGCAGUGAAAAAUCUAUCCAAGAUAAUGAAAUAAAGGAAUCUGAAAACUAUAAAACAGAAAAUUUGAUUGAGCCUAAAGGGCAGCUAGUCCAAGAAGAAAAGAGAGAAAAUGGUGAAGUUAAUCCUUCGGUUUACUGGAAAUAUAUUACAGCUGCAUAUAAAGGUGCGUUUGUACCAUUGAUACUUCUGGCACAAAUUCUUUUUGAGCUUCUCCUAAUAGCCAGUAGUUAUUGGAUGGUACUGGAUAAUCCCGUUUCAGAAGAUGUAAAACCUCAUGUUAAAGGAUCCACUCUUAUCUUUAUUUAUAUUGCUUUAACCCUUGGAAGUUCUCUUUGUACGCUUAUAAGGUCCAUGCUCAUUGUAAUUGUUGGAUACAAGACAUCCACUCUGUUCUUCAACAAAAUGCAUUUGUGCAUUUUUCGUGCUCCCUUGUCAUUUUUUGAUUCAACUCCAAGUGGAAGGAUUCUAAAUCGGGUAUCCAUAGAUCAAAGUGCAGUUGAUACCUCUAUUCCACGUAAAUUUGAAGAACUUCUUAUCUCAAUCAUAGAAUUCCUGGGAACUAUUGCAGUAAUGUCACAAGUUGCAUGGCAAAUGUUGAUAAUUUUUAUACCAAUGACUGUAGCAUGCAUUUGGUACCAGCAAUACUACAUAUCUGCAGCACGAGAACUAUCACGAUUGACUGGAGUAUGUCAGGCUCCAAUUACACAGCAUUUUGUUGAAUCUAGUUUAGGUUCAACCACGAUCAGAUGUUUCGAUCAAGAAGAAAGGUUUAUAGAUACAAACCUCAAGCUGGUGGAUGGGUAUUUUCGGCCUAAGUUUCAUUUCUCUGGUGCAAUAGAGUGGUUAUGCUUCCGCAUGGAUAUGUUAUCAUCCAUCACAUAUGCCAUAUUUUUGAUUUUUUUGAUCUCAGUGCUGAAUGGAGUACUCAGUCCUGGUGUUAUGAGUUUAGCAGUCACAUAUGGACUUAAAUUCAGUAUGCAUGGGCUCAUUUGGGAUCUUUGUGGCCUUGAAAACAAAAUCAUAUCUAUUGAGAGAAUAUUGCAAUAUGCCUACAUUCCUAGCGAACCCCCUUUAUCGAUAGAAGAAAAUAAGCCAGGUCAUGAAUGGCCAUCACAAGGAAAAAUUGAUAUUGUUGAUCUACAGGUCCGGUAUGCCCCACAUCUUCCUCUUGUCUUAAAAGGUGUCACAUGCACUUUACCUGAAGGGAUUAAGAUUGGUAUCGUUGGGCGAACAGGAAGUGGUAAAUCAACUCUCGUACAGACUCUCUUCCACAUGCUUGAACCUAUAGCCGGUCAGAUUUGGAUAGAUGGUAUUAAUAUCUUUAAGAUUGGCCUUCAAGACUUGCGGUCAAGAUUGAGCAUCAUCCCACAAGACCCAACAAUGUUCGAGGGGACUAUAAGAAGCAAUCUUGAUCCGCUUGGAGAUUACACUGAUGAACAGAUUUGGGAGGCUUUAGAUGGAUGCCAACUUGGUGAUGAAAUUAGGAAAAAAGAAGGGAAGCUCGAUUCUUUAGUGGCCGAGAAUGGAGAGAAUUGGAGCAUAGGUCAACGACAACUAAUUUGUUUAGGACGGGUAUUACUCAAGAGAAGCAAAGUAUUAGUACUUGAUGAAGCUACCGCAUCAAUGGAUACUGCGACUGAUUAUCUAAUUCAGCAAACGCUUAGGCAACACUUCUCAAGGUCUACUGUCAUUACAAUUGCACAUAGGAUAACAUCAAUUCUUGAUAUUGAUAUGGUCCUCCUCCUCGAUAAUGGUCAUAUAUUGGAGUAUGAUUCCCCAGCCAAAUUGCUAGAGAUCAAGUCCUCGUCAUUUGCAAAGCUUGUCAAGGAGUAUACCCAAAGAAGUAGCUCCUAG